AUGAACUCAAACCACAGAGAAACUCAGCUCUUAGGCCAGGAUACAGUCCAGAUCCUGACAAGUGACAGCCAAUGCUUUAACGGGAACUUAAGGCAUGCAAGUCAGGAGCUAAAAAAAGAGAUAGACGGGAAUUUACAGGAUGCGAGGAAAGCCUGGAAGCACCUGAAUGAAAAAUGUCAAGGGGAAAUUGUAAAUCUAAGAACCCAAAUGGUGGUUGUUCUAUCCCAUGACAACAAAUUGGAGAAGGAGGUGAAAAUGUACCGUGAUGAACUUCUUGCAUGCAAAAUACAGGCAGAGAGACGGAUCAUCUCUCUUGAGGAGAGUCUGAGGGUUCAAAAAGAGGAGAGUGCAGCAAAGUUUUCUGCCAUGGACAGUCAUUUGAAGGAAAAUGAGGAAAUGUGGAAGCAGAAAGUCAGACAGCUUGAGGAGGAGAAUGAGAAGUUAAGGAGUGACUCCUAUAUAGGCCAAGGAGAAUUUCAUGGAGAAAUCCUCCGUCUUGAGGAGAGGCUUCGGCUUAAGGAAGAGAGCCAUGCUAUAAGGCUCUCUGCACAGGAAGCUCACUUCCGGGAGAUGAUAACUCUCACUGAAGAAAACGCUGCCUCAAAACUCAAAGAAUGUGAAGAGAGAUGGCAGACGAGAGUAAGGCAGCUGGAGAAUCAGGUAGAAGAGUCCAAGGGAGAGCUCUCUGAAUGCAGAGCAAAAAUGGAGAGAGCUUCCUAUGAGGAACAUCUUCACACCCAGAGCGAUGACAUGGAGCAUCAAUGCAGUUGGAUGAAACAGUUGGAUGAAAACAGGACUCAUUUUGAGAGUGUUGUCAACUCUCUUAUGGAAAGUCUUUACAUAGAGAGGGGAGGAAAUUCUGCAAAGAUAGCUUUCAUGGAGAGCCACUAUGAGGAGGUGAGCAGACUUCAGGAGAAGGUCUCUGCUUCAAAAUUGAAGGAAUGUGAAGAGAAGUGGCAGACGCAAGUGAAACAGCUCGAAGAGAGGGUUAAAACUUAUGAGAGAAGACAGAGCGAGCAGAGAAACACCCCGAUCCUGCUGGGCCAGACUCAGACAGAAGUUGACCACUGUAACAAGAGAUGGUCAGAGAAAUAUCAGACUCUUGACAAAAGCUACCAAAGUCUGUUGGCUGAGAAAGAGGAAAACUGGCAGAGAUUGAUGAGGGUAGAAAAAUACAUAAAAGUGUUCGUUGACAAGGUAAGUAAUGUUUCCUUUAAUAUUUCCUUUAUAUUUCUAAAAGCCACAAAUUAUGUUAGUAGUUUUUGGUUAAGUAAAAAAUUAUUACUAUGUGCUAGCUAAGCCCAAACAGUGGAUUUAUAGUCAUCCACUUACUAUAGUUUUAGCCCAAAUGUAUUAGAUUAAAACAUCAGUAGUAUCCAACUGCUAAAAGUCGAAUUGAAUUGAGCCCGUCUAGUAGUUCCACCAUUCAUCCAGUCUUCGGGCUUAACUAAACUAGACACAUUUGAAAGAUUGAUUGACAGACGAUGGCAAGAAGCACAUCUGCCUUAAUCUUUGAACCAUUCUUGUGUUGUAUUUUAUGUUGUAUUCCUCUAUGAACUUACCUUUAGAAAGAAUAAUCACACAUUUCUUAUUGUGUUUUCAGAAUUGCAAAAAGGAGAAGAAAACAAAAUGGUGGAAACGAGCCUUACCAAUUCGAAGAAGGAGAAGGGGGAACCCAAGGAAUUCAUCUUUGGAGUGCACUCCGCUUCUAAAUCAAUCCAGCAGCACUAUCUCUUAAACUUAAAAUUAACUUUAAAUUACCCCCACCCCCUUCACACACACACACACUAAAUUCAGUGUUCAGAAAUACAGAAUCACUGAUAUUCAUUAUUUUUACGCCGUGAUCAUCUCAGUUCAAACCAAGAGAUAGCUUGGAAUAUUUCACGUCAUGAAAUUCAUACACAAAAUAUGAAAAAUAAAGUUUUGAAACAUAUAGAAAA